UUAAAACCUUGGGUUCAUACCAAAACAUCAGGAAUCCAAUGUCAAGAAGUUAUAAGGCUUUCACAAGCUCUUCACGAAGAUGCUAGAUAUUGUACUUAUUGGAGCCGUAAAUGGCCGUCAUUUUAAAGUAUGCGCUACAUUUUCCCAUGUAAUAAAUAAAUAUGGAGUUAAGAACUAGCGUACAUGAACAUGAAGAACAACCGACUACAGUUGUCGAUGCCGAUGUUAGCAGAACCCUAAUAAUUCGUGGAACUGGUAAUCCUGAAGCGACAACACCACCACUAACAACAACAGCAACAGCUGACAAUGUAGACAAUACACCGUCGACUAGUCGAGGCCCAGCAAUUCGAUGGGUUGACGGUACAAUUGACAAUGAAUUUAUGGGUAGAAAAAAGUCGAAUUGUUGUUGUAUUUAUGAAAAGCCAAGACGAUGGGAUGAAUCAUCCAGUUCCUGCUCCUCAUCGUCAUCUGAUUCAGAGGAUAAACAAAAACGUAAACCUGUCCAUUGUACAGAUAAUUGUCGUGGGCAUACAAGACGAUGUUAUCGUAAAAGGAAGAAACCUCCUGUGACGGAUAACAUGAGCCCUGAAAAUACGACGACUACUGCCACUGCUACUACUACUACUUCGACUACUAAUGAACAGUUAAAUAUCAUACCUGAUUCCAAUACAAACAGUAUUACGUCAUAAACUUCCACAAGACAUUAUAUAUUAUUUAUAUACAUAUAUAAUUUUUGCAAACG